UUCAUCCACUUUUCUGUUAGCCACGCCCCCACAGGUGAACCAGCAAAUCACUGCCUCCGUUCUCACAAACGUCUGAUCUGUGGCCGGCCGGACUUCAUUCCACAGAUGUGCUUUAACAAAGUGUGAAGCUGAACUCUGAGCUGUGACAGUGAAGCAGUGUGAGAGUGUCAGUAGAUGAUCAGCAGAGGAAAGUGAAGCUGCUGUGAGCUGAUGUCCUGAAGGGCUUUUAAAGAGUCUCUGAGUUUGACAGGAACAUGAAGAUGUUUGUGGUGUUUGUGAUCCUCCUGCACGUUUCCCAGCAUGCUCUGGCUGUGGUGGUGGAGGUGAAUGAGGGGGAAAGGUCUGUCCUGCUGCCCUGUCUGUUCUCAGGUUUUAUACCUGACAACACCACAUUGAUGUGGACUCGCAGUGACCUGGAUCCCAAAUCUGUACAUCAACGACGACAAGUAGGAGACGAUGUUAGAGGACAAAACCAGCGUUACAGCAGACGCACAUCAAUGAAUCGUUACGCUUUCAUUACAAAGGACUUCAGCCUCACUCUGAGGAAACCCACAAACACUGACAGCGGAAACUACACCUGCUCCAUCAGUGCUGGAGGAGAAGAACGGAAACUUAGAGACAUCCAGCUGCAGGUCAAAGAUGAGCAGGAACUGGUGAAGGUGAGGGAAGGGUCAAAGUCUGUCAUCCUGCCCUGCGAAACAAAACCUAACCUGUCUGAAGACACCACAGUGGAGUGGACUCGCUCUGACCUCGGACUCAUAAUGGUGGAUGCUUAUCCAAACAGAAAAGAUGACCCUAUGACUCAGGACGACCUUUACGCAAACAGAACAAAGAUGAAUGAAGACCUGCUGAGAACUGGAGACCUCAGUCUGACCUUAAAAAAACCCACACAGAGAGACAGUGGAGGAUACAUCUGCACCAUCUACAGGGACAAAGACAUCCUGAGACAGAAAGUAGUGCUGCAGGUCAAAGAACAAUUUGCACAUUGGGCCAGCCUUCUGGUGGGUAUCGCAGGUUUCCUGGUUCUCCUGUUGCUUCUUGUGGUUUCUGGAGGUCUUUUAUAUUAUUUUCGUCACUAUUUCAAGUCAGGUUACCAAAAAGUGGUGGAUUCAGGGGUGGAGUCUGUCCAGCUGCCGUGCAAAACCGCAGUUAAGUUCUUGAAAGAUGCAAAAGUUGAGUGGGAGGACAGAGACAAAAGGAAGGUCCACGUGUAUCAGAAUGACUCUGACCAGCUUGGAGUACAGGACGAGUUUUACAGAGACCGAACGAAGAUGAAGAGAAACUUACUGGAACCUGGAGACCUCAGUCUGACCUUGAAAAAUCCCACAGAGGGAGACACAAACACCUACACCUGCACCAUCUACAGCAAGGAGGGAAACAUCCUGAGCAAGAAACAAGUGGAGCUGAAAGUGAGAGUCCCUCAGGUGGAGGUGGAUUCAGGAGAGGAGUCUGUCCAGCUAAUCAUGAAAACCAAAGUUUCCCUGCCUGAUGAUGCUAAAGUAGAGUGGAUGGACAGAAACAUAUUGAAGGUUCAUGUGUAUCAGAAUGGCUCUGACCGGUAUGAAGAACAGGACCUGCAUUACAGAGACCGAACACAGUUAACAAAAGACCUGCUGAAGACUGGAGACCUCAGUCUGACCCUGAAGUACCCCACAGACUGGGACAGAGGCAUCUACACCUGCACCGUCUACAGCAGGGAGGGAAACAUCCUGAAAAAGAAACAAGUGGAGCUGAAAGUCAGAGUUCCUCAGGUUGGGGCAGAUUCAGGGGUGGAGUCUGUCCAGCUGCCCUGCAAAGCCAUAAUUGAUCUGCCUCGAGAUGGUAAAGUGGAGUGGAAGGAUGGUUCUUACAGGACAGUUCACGUGUAUGAGAACGGCUCUGACCAGCCUGAAGAACAGGAUCACCGUUACAGCGGACGAACGAAGAUGAAUGAAGACCUGGUGGAAACUGGAGACCUCAGUCUGACCCUGAAAUACCCCACGGGCUGGGACAACCAUACUUACACCUGUAAUGUCUACAGCAGCAAGAGAAACAUCCUGAUGAAGAAACAAAUGGAGCUGAAAGUCAGAGGCCAGUGAUGGAGUGUCUGUGUGUCUUUGUGUGUGUUUCCAAUAUGUGUGAGUUUCCAUCUAUCCAUUUUCUUCUGCUCAUCUGGGUUCAGGUUACAGGUGCAGCAGGUGAAAAGCUAAGCCCAGUGUCCAGUGAGUGAGGGUACGGACGUAGAAUGACUGGUCUACAGCUUUGCUUUUGUGGUUACCUCUGGUUCUCCAUUGUGGUUCUCCACAAUGGACUGGUGCGGUGUUGAAAUCACUGCAGCUGUAGCUCCAACCAUUUAGUGGGGCACAAAGCUUGGUUAGAUGAGACAACCUUGUAUUUUUAUUUUUUAAUAUGUGCAAGAAUCCAACAGACAAUGUCUGAUCCAGUUUGUCCGGAAGAAAUUUGACUGAAAGUGACAAGUAUCGUGUGAGAGUUCUCACUUCGGGGCUCUGAUUCUGAUUCUUCAACUCUGAAAACCUGCUGCUGUCCGUACAGCUCAUGUUGUGUUUCUUGUCCUCUCAGUCUGUCAAGUAGAGGUGGAGGAGGGGGCGGAGUCUGUUCAUCUGCCCUUCAAAACCACACAAAACCUGCCAGAAGACACUAAAGUUGUGUGGUGGGACACUGA